CAAGUUUCGUCCAUAACCACCACAAACGCUUCACUUCACUUCUUCUUCACCUGGACAAAACCUGCCUCCCCGCCCUCACCUGUUGGCCUUCUCUCCGCCACCCAUUCUCUCUAUAUAUUCCCCCACCCCCCACCACUCCUCUCCCACACUACUCUCAAUAUCUUCUUUUCUUUCUCAACUAACAAAGUUUAUAAUUAUACAUGGAUAUCUGGUCCUGGAUAUGUGAGCUCCCCGGCUCUGACGAGUGGGACCGCUUCAACUCACGCCUCACUUUCGAACUCGCUUCUUCCAAGUCUAUCGCAACCAAGAAUGAUAACUCGGCUCAAUCGCUUCAGCUCAGAGCCGAGCGAACUCUUGGUUUGGAAUCGGAACUUCUUGUUAGCUUCUCCGUGUGGCUUGUAGGGUUUAGCUCUACUGAUGCGGAGAAGGCCGUGGCCAUCUGGGCUUCUGACACGUGUCCUUUGUCCUCGGACAAGCCCUUCUUGCCUCUCGUUCUUCAACUCCUUCAAGAAAUCGUGUCGCGUUCGCCUAACGCGCACGACAGCACCUGUCCUCGGUCACAGCUGCAGAAGUUGAAUUCGGAGCCGCUUUCGUGGAUUCUGGACUCCCACUCAACCGAGUCUUUCUCUAGCUUCUUCAACCUCAUUUUCCUCACUCGUCUUUUCUGGAUUUGUGUCUGCGACGCGCCGUCGGAAGUUGGUUCCUUCUAUUUCCAUUCCUUGCUUGCUCCCAACCUUGAUACCUUCUCGUGUAAGGACGCGCCGGUACUCAGAAAUUUCUUCGUCGCCGUUGGGACUGACGUGGAACUCUGUUUCGUGCGCACCUUCGGGUACAUGUUAGCAAAAUGGUUGAUUUUAAGAGAUGUUGAAGUGGGAUUGCAAUCUUUGACACCAUCACCCACCAAGAAUCUUGGAUUUUCUUACGCCAUGGAAUCUCACGGGUUAUGGGUUUUGAAGGGUUACGCUCCAGUGAAAUCCAUGCAGUGCAUGCAGUCGUCUGGCCCGAGAAGUCAGUUCCCUGCUGUGAUUGAUGCUAAAGACUCACUGCUGAAAUACGCCUUAGCCCACCAGCAACUUGAGGCUGUAAUUCAAUUGGAAUAUACAGUUGGAUUCUACGAUAAUUUUAUCCAAGUAAAUGCACGUGUGGACAAUCUUAGGAUUCAUGUUGUAAAGUUAGGGUUCAACAAGAAUUCGGAUGAGAACUUCUUGGAGGAGAAGCACUUCCCAUCAAGAAUUCGGGUUUGGGUGGGGCCAGAAGUUGGGGCGAGCUACGUGGGCGGGCUGAGCCUGGGGCGGUCCACGGACAACAUGGAGAGGGAGAUGGAGAUGCAGAAAACCUUGAAGGGCAGUUCUGGAAAAUUGAAGGUCCCUAUGGUGAAAGCAACGGCCAGGAUGGCAACCAGGACAAAAAUCAAGAACUGGAGAUGGGACCAAGAUGUGGAGGGAAAUGCCGCAAUAUUUGAUGCAAUAUUGUGUGAUAACACCAGCGGAGUGGAGAUCUCCACGUGGAAGCCUCCAAUUGGUAGGGGACAAAUGGGUAUCAAUUUUAGAAGCCGGUACAGUGGCGGCGCCCGGCCAUUUACAAAAUCCGGGGGCUUGAUUAUGGCGGGGGAGGAGUACGGUGGAGGUGUGGGUUGGAGGUUGAACAAAGAGAUGGAAGGGAGUGUGUUGAAGUGGAGGAUAGGAGGGGAAGUUUGGUUAAGCUAUUGGCCUAAUGAUUUCACGAGUUCAUAUUGUGAGACAAGGUGUAUUGCAUGGUGCGACGAAGUUGAUGUACCCUUGAUACCUACUAAAACUUAGAAAUACACUUCACAUCUUUUAUUGCAAACAAUAAAUACAGCAUAUGAUGUAAGACUAUUUGGCCAAAUGCAUUGUAUAGUUCCUUUUCAUGAGUUUUGAGGCUAUUCUAUAUAUUAGCACCUUGCAAACUCAGUGGUCUCUAUUUGUUGGUAUAUAUAUACACACACAUUAUAUGUAA